GACGGAGGGUUCCAGGGGACCUGCGGGCACGCCAGCUCGUGCCGCAGGGUACGGUGGCGGAUGUCGCUGUGCAGCCACACAAGGUUCCGCCGGGGGGCACCCCUCCUGGGGGGGGGGGGGCGGCCGCAACCGCUCCGGCUCAAGGGAUCCCCGAGCAGAGCGGCGUCCCCCUGGAGCGAAGAACACACCGAUUCCUCAGGGUCACAGUCCCAAGUCUAGGCGCCGAGAUUCUUCUUCUUCUUCUUCGUCUUCUUCUUUUUCUUCUUCUUCUUAUUAGUUGCCUCUGCGACUGGCGUGAGCCGAGGGUGCGGCCACAGCCCGACGGCCGCGCAUCCAGCUGUAUGAAUGCAGAUGUCAGAUCGCUGGAGAACACGGGCAUGACCUGUCACGAGGUGUGUGAUGAGGCGAGCCAUGCGACGUCUGGUUUUGAGUAGUCAGUGUCGGUAUUGUGGCCGGCAGUUUGACAUUGCGCAGGCUGCCCAGCUCGCCGAUUUCGCGACCUUCCAGAGUAUUCAAGUGGCUUUAGGCACGAAGACCAAGGCAGCUGACUUGUUGGGUUCGCCGUUUGCUCAGGAUUCCCCUGUGUCUCGUCGACGAUGGCAGCCUCCUGUUCGCGAUGACGUACACCAGAUGCGAGUUCGCAUGUUCAACUGUGAGAGCCUGUGUGUCGUGGGCAGGUUAUUCGGGCUUAUACGACUGCUCAGAUCCGCGGAUAUUCUUUUUGCAUUUCUGCAUGGCACGUCUAUGUAUAUUGAUGUGGAAAGGAUUUCCCGGGUGCGGUGCAGUUUCUCUCUUCGUAUGACCGCCAACAGUUAUGUGCUUACCACUGUGCUGCAGGCUUUUCCUGUGAAAGCGCCCAACACAUAUUAUUCCUCCGUCGACGAUUCACUGGACGUGGACCCGUCCAAGCGGAAGUCACUGCCGUACAUCUUUUCUGAUGUGCAAAGUUGUUCGCUGCCCAGGCUCGUCGGCGCAGGCCGGUCACACUUCCUUGGUGCGUCUUAGAGGUUUUCGUGAUCGACGCCCUGUGGGCGGUCCCUUUCUGCUGCCGCAGCAGAAGCCAGCGAAGUCCCCGAAGAGAGUGCCUCGCUUGAGCCGACAGUUGUCCGGUGACGCCGUCAACUUGUGCGGUUGUAUGAAGGCGGACGAGGACGCCCCGCGCAAUUAUGUAAUUGGUGAGAAGAUGAUCAAGUACCGCGCCGUCGUUCAGUCUAGACUGGGGAGUAAGCCAGCUGCCUACAGUUCCAAUGAUCAGUAUGAUUAUGUUUGAUGAUGAUAUGGUCCGUUCUGCUUCAGAUAUUGGUUUCGUGAUCCGAGAGGCGAUUGUGAAAUUUGUGGCUGAGGUGCAGAGGUGGAUGCGGAUUUCUGCGGACGGCGAGCUCCUUUAUACCCUGCAUUGUUCUGCUCAGCGUUCUUUCACUGUGAGAGCCAUGGCAGCUAUCUGUGCCGACCUGAAAGCCGAUGCUGUGCCCUUGGCGGGGGAGGUUCAGUUACUGUUCAGCAUUGGCGAUUCGCGGGGUGCCUUCAAGGCACUGCCAGGACGCAUCAUGAUUUCGCCGAUGUUUCUCGUGGCGCUACGGAAUGUGUCCAUGGAGUUACCAAAUUUAGCCGCCGAGUUUCUCUGGUCAAACUUCUCUGCUUUCUCCAUUGCCCUCUUCUCUCAGUUGUUUCAGUUACUGUCGCGGCCCCACUAUCAGUUGAAACAGCACAACGUGAUCCUCGGCACCCCUGGGAGAGUCACACGCCAGGUGGCAGAGGAUGUGGACUCCAAGCGGAAGGCCACUGGCGCGAAGAAAGGCAAGGCAGAGGGCAAGGUCGAGGCCAAACGUGGCCGAGGCCGGGGUCACUUCAGCCUGCGGCAUGAAGCGCGCUCAGGAGCUGCAGCUGAUGGGGGCGAUUGCGACGCUCACCCAGCUGAUGGGGACGAAGAACGUGGAGUUUUGUGCCGCGAUCAGAAAUUCGCGUUGGAAGCGCCUCUGGAGAAAGAGCUGGUGAAGGGGAGGGACUGGACUAUCGAACAGUGCGACAGGGCGGGCGUAGUGGAUCGCAAAAAGGCAAAGAACGAGGAGACCGACUUUCUUGGAUCGCCUUCAGCAAGAAACCAGUGGCCCUCUUCUCUGAUGUUGUAUCGCGCCGGCGAGGCCUACGAGGAAAUGGAGCACCGAGAUGCGUUGCCAAAGCAGAUCGCCGACUGGGAGAAAAGAAAGAGCUGACAGAUAAUUAUGGUGACGGCCCUUCUUGUUUUGUUUGCUGCGGCGGGGAAAAAGGCAUCUGUGUUGCCGUCAUUAUUCCGCGUCUCCAGGUGCUACAAGGCCGAAAGUUCGAUGAGCGCAGCUGGCGGUGAUGAGUUCGUGUUGACGUUUCUAUGUCCUCUGGCAAAGAAGUUGAGUUGCCGCUCUCGAAUGAUCGUGAGGCUCAGUUGUUACGUGACAAAGGGAUCGAACUCGUAUUAGAUAUUGGCCUUGGCCCGAGGCGUCGGGCAGCCAAGAAGGCUGCCAUAAUUGCCUUUGGCUCCGUCCCCGCCAAGGGCUGCGGUAAGAACAAGGGCGUUUCUUAGGCGUUUCUUUUCGAAUAAGUUUCGAAGUGCGGCGAGUGGAGCCCGAGCAGGCUGCAGAGGCAGCGUGCUCGGCCUCUCUCUCGAUUGUGCCGCGCGGCCGCUGUGCUGCGCGCGUCGAGGCAGGAGCUUGCCUCGAUGCUGAUGGCUAUAUACGCCAGUCACGCUUGAGCCUCCACGCCAGGUGAGCGGGGUGCAGAAAAAUGCAGCCAUAUACCUAUAGACGGGGGCACCACGG